GGUGCCCCAGGGAUGGGGGUGUGGGGUUGGGACCCCCCAGUGUGUCUCGGAGGACCGGGGCUGGAGCUGGGACCCCCUACUGUUGGGCUGGGACCCCCAGAACUGGGAAUGUGGGGCUGGGACCCCCAUAUGUGGCACUGGGGACCCCCGGGCUGGGGGUGCGGGACUAGGACCCCCGAUGUGGCACUGGGGACCCCCUGUUGUGGCACUGGGGAUCCCCAAGGAUCGAGUUGUGGGGCUGGCCCCCCCUCAAUGUGGCACUGGGGACCCCCGGGUUGGGGGUGCUGCACUGUGAGUCCCCCGGGCGGGGGUCCCCGGUGUCCCCUCCCCGUCCCUGUCCCCGUCCCGAUGACGCGGAGCCUGGCGGUGCCUGGCACUGGCACAGGCGGUGCCACCCGGGCACUGACCGGUGCCACCGGGUCCCCAGGGGGGUCGGGGACACUGAGGGGGGGUCAGGCCCUGGCGGGGGGACCCCGCCGGGGUUGGUGGUGACCCCCCCGCUCCCUCAGCAGCCCCGAGCCCAGGCGAUGGCCGAGGACCGAGAUGUGCGAUUUGUCACCGAGGAGAGCUUUGACUUCGGGAUCCUGUCCCACUCUGACAGGAUGAAGAGGAGGACGAGGAGAGCCUGGGUGGGGGGUCCCGGCGCGGGGGGGGGGGGCAGCGGGCGUUGGAGCCCCCUGCGAGGUGCCCACCUGGAGGAGAUGGUGCGUGAGGCCACUCGCUUGGCCGCCCAGCUCGAGGGGUGUCACCUGCCCCCCCCUGCCCCCGGGGACCCCCCUGGCCCCGCCGCCACCCCCCCAGGCACGCCCCGCAGCCCCCGGCGCCAGACGUUCGUGGUGAAGGACAGCCCGGUGAGGGCACUGCUGCCCACCGUGGAGUCCCAGGCACCGCCCCCCGCCAAGACCCGGGGGGGGCCUGCUGCCACCGCUGUCCCCAAAGCCAGCCCAAGGCGAGAGGGGGCCUCGCUCCCUGCCCCUCCCCCGCCUGCCAGCCCCACACCAGGAGCACGGCCCCCCCGGGCCCUUCAGGCCGUCCCCCAGCCCCCAGCGCCCUCCCCAAGGUGCCCCCCCGGCCCCCUGCGGCGGGUGGCAGGACCUCCACCCCCCGAGGCACGGGAGGGGCGCGGGGGGCCCCCCUCACCGCAGCCUCGGCCUGCAAGGCGGGAUCCCCCCCUGCCCGCCUGCGGCCCCCCCGCAAGACGGCAGUGAGCAGCACCCCAAGGUGACACCCCCAGGGCCCCCCCCGUGCCCACCCAGGGGGCUCGGCAUGCCCGGUUC